CCAGAGCCUGAGAGUUGAUGGCGUGUGUAUAUUUUAGGCGUGACUCCAAAGCGUGUCCUCCAGUGCUCUCGCUGCCUCCUAUCUCCGCUGACCCGAGGAUAAGUGCUCGAAAGGACGACAGCGGCUCAACUAGGGACACACGCCCACGUCACUGACAUCCAAUAGUCUCUCCCCACCGACGGGCAGAAGGAGAGAAAACGCCGCCGUGCAGGUUCAUCAUGUUUCUGUGCGUUUGUCUUCUAGAACUGCACCACAACACUGAUGACCAAUCUGUCCUUUCGUUAUCAGCGAGGGGGAGUCGCUGUGCUGUGAGCCGCCAGCCGGCAGCAGAAUAAUCAAACCUGCUUUGGCUGAAGCCAAACUGUAACACAAGAGCGUAACACUAUCAGGAUUAGUUUGUCCUUUGCCAAUCGUGUUCUUUCCUCCAGCACAACACGUGAGGUCCCUCCUCCGGCGAGCAUUUGUCAUGAUUACAGCUGACAGUGUGGACUCUUAACAGACUUCACAAAUAAAUAUCAGCAGCAGGCAAAGCUCCAGUGUGACAACUUGUGUGCAGUCAAUGUAUAUUAUUCAGUUUCCAGAGUGCUAUAAAAAUACAUUUUGUCCAACUGCAGCUUCAAAAAAGACUUCUCGAAAUAUGACAAAUAAUUCAAUUGGCAACUAGUUGUUCUAAAGUCCAGCUUUUGAUGGAGCAGAGUAGUAUGUUCUGCUGUCUUUAGGUUUUCCUCAUCUAUAAGGGAACGAAUGCUCAUCCUGACCUUUCGUAUCCUGCAGGCAUACCUGAGGCACAACUGUCAAACCCUAUUCUUCAUUUAUUCACCCCGUUUGGCCAUUUGGCUCUCUCCCAUUAGUAUGUUGUCGACAUUUAAUUUCAUCUUCAUUUAAAGCCCCAGUGUUUAUUUACUGAGAAAAUAUCCGAGCUAAUCUGCUUCGGCACUGUGGAUGUGUUUAAUUAAAUGUAAUAUCCAAAUUAAAUUCCUUGAUUUAGCAUUUAAAUUGGACUGGACUCCAUUGAUGAUGUUGACAAUUACUUUUAUUUUGUUACUCAUAGUAAUUUAUCCAUAUUCAUCCUGUCAUGUCUAAGAGCAAAACCCCUCAUCAAGAAUAGAAAAAGUAAAAAUGUCAGCGCUUUUAUUUUCUCCUUCCAUUGGUCCCGUUUUAGUGGAAUAUUUGUGUAAAUAGCGCUGCACGGUCUCCCAGCACACAGAAUAUAUUUGGCUAAACUCCCUUUUUUUCAGCUUUUAUCUGUCGCUCUCUCAAAAAAAAUCACAUGGUUCCAAAAGCUGAUGGGUUAAUGUUUCCUCUUUUAGUAAAUCUUUUUCAUUCCAUACAUUAUUUCAACAAAGAACGUAAGGACACUUAAGGCUUUCAUUACAGUGCCUGACCUCUUAUUUCUCUCCUGUGUUUAUCGGCGUGUCUCUGGCUGAGUGACGCUCUUGUCGCAUUUUUUUAAAUCUGUGCAUUUGUCUUUGCUCCUUCCUGUCCUGUAAAUCUCUAUAGACAAAAAAAGAAAUAGAAAUGAAAUAGUUACAUUUUUAUUAUUGUACCAAAAUCCUCAAAUAUAGUGAUAUUUCUUUUCUUCUGAAAAUGUAGGCAGCCUCUGAUUCAGACCAAAAAUAAUUUCCCCUCAAAGGUGCCUUUUAUUAUGUGAAACCUUGUAUAAUAUGCAUGCAGAUGGCUGUAGAGUGUCUGCUCGAGGCAAGCCGGAGAGGUGCUAUCAGGGGACAGCAGCCACGUGACCAUGGCUGCAGGGAUUGGUUUAGUGCAGAUGUGACAUCAGCAAGCCUCCCUCCUCCCUCCUCCCUCUCUCUCCCAAGUCUCUCGCUGCCUCUCUCUCUCGCUCGCGCUACACUGCUCUGCUUUUUUCUCCUUUGCCUUUCCUCAGCGUCCCCCCUCUCAGAGAUGGCGUGUGUCGGUGCCGCUCGGGCGGCCGGGGCCUAACGUGCACACAGAGAGGACCUUCCCCCUCCCCGACCCCCUCCCCGUCCCCCCCAUCCCCCUCCUACUCCCCUAUUUGCUGCAUAUUCCUCGGGUGUCUCUUCUGACCGUGUCCUCCGCUGCUGCCGGUUCGGAGAUCCUCCCCAUCACCCCACCUCCCCGUGAAGGGUGUCUGAGAGUUGGGCCCUCGGGGGGUGGAGGGAGUCAACAUCGUGCCUCGCUGGAGGAGCUGUGCGGAGCGAGCGAUGCCCUGCCCAGGCAUCCUUUGACCGGACGGAUUUUUCCACUCCUGACCGCCUGCGCAACGGAGGGGCCGCAUAGGAUGAACAGCAGCAGUCAUGAUGCAAGGACUGAAAAAACGAACCAGGAAAGCCCUCGGCUUACGCAAGAGGGACAAGGAUACAGAUGCAACAAGUUCACCUGACAAAGAAGGAGCUGCAAGCGGAAAGAAAGGAAAUAAAAAGGCCAAUGGGGCCCCGAAUGGUUUCUAUGGGGAGAUUGACUGGGACAGAUAUGCCUCUCCUGACGUGGACGAGGAGGGCUUCAGCCUGCGUCCCGGGGAAGAGGGCGAUGCGGCGUCCAAAGGGAAGCAAUUUUUCUCCUCCAGCGAGUCCGAGGACGACGAGGACAGCAAGAAGAAGUUCAAAAUCAAGAUCAAGCCCCUGGUGGCGGACGCCGCCAUGUGCGUCCCUCCGUCUGUGGACGAGCUGAAGGCCUCCGUGGGAGGCCUGGCGCUCUCUCCGUCUCUGAAGAGAAGUCCGAGACGCAGCCCGGGGCAGAUAAAAAGGAAUUUGUCCUGUGAGGAGAUUGCCAGACCCAGACGCUCCACUCCGACACCGAGUCCUGCCCCUGAGACACCAAGUGACAGGCUGUCGCAGAACGUCCCUGCAUUUUUUGGGUUGCCGUCAGGGACCAAAUACGCCAGAUAUGACGUGGUCCCUGCUGAUGGGUGGGGAGAGCCAAGACCCCGCUCGGAGUCCCCGCUGAGCAGACGUUUCCCGACCGGAGCUCCUCCUCCGCUUCCUCCCAAAAACCUCCCAUCGAGAAGUCACUACGGCUCCUCUCCAGAUGGCGCUGCUAAUCUCCCCAACGGAAGGGCCGCUCGCAGGUCGGCCCCCAUCUACCUGAACGUGCUGUCUCCCGCCUGCUACCGGGGCUCCGGGGGCCCGGACCUGGAUGACGUGUUCGGCCCCGCGGACGGCCCCCGCACCUGCGAGGAAACGACGUCUCCCAGAUGGGUCACUUUCCCCAGUGACAGGCCCCCGCCGCCUGAUGAACCCGCGCCUCCUCCUCCGCCCCCGGACUCUCCCGCCCCGGACACGCCCUCGUCGACCCCCUCCACCCCCGGCCUCUCCCCAGGUCCGCCGCCCGACGAGCCCCCGCCUUCGCCUCCGCCGCUUUCGCCCGGGUCCCCUCCUCCUCCAGAAUCGCCCCCCUCCAUCGUGCUCGGGCCCCCGCCCCCGGAUGAACCGGCACCCCCCCUGCCGCCCGACUUCUCCCCCGCCGAUUCGCCUCCUCCGGGCUUCGACGACGACGGCACCGACGAAGAGGUGCUGCAGUUCGCGGAGUACUCUUCGUCCCCGGCCCCCGCCAGCCCCGUGCCCCCUCUGCCAGCGGAGCGCAGGUCCCCUCGGCCGGGGGUCACGUCUCCUCUGGUCCUGGGGGCCGUGGGGGGGAAGGGGACUCCGGAGGGAGCAUACCUGAGAGACGGCAUCCAGGACUUUGUUGGUUCGCCCAGAGAGAUGACGCCGAGUUUCAGGGGCACGCCCCCCCCUCUGCCCCCCACCACGUACAGGUCCAUUAUGUCUUCCCCAGGGCCCUACUCAGGCAGCAGCCCCCCGUCCCCGGCUCGUCCCGCCGUGCCUCCGUCUCGAGGCAGUCCGGUCCCUCCUCCUCCUCCUCCUCGGCCGUCCUCGAGACCCAAGCUGCCCCCGGGGAAGCCGUUCGCAGACCCGGCUCGGGCCUUCAGUCCGCCGGUUUCAGGCAGCCCUCCACCUUUCGCCCCGCUGGCUCGAGCGGAGAGCUCUUCCUCCAUCUCCUCCGUCACUUUACACAGCGCGGCGUCCACUCCGACGUUAGGGCGGGACCUCAGCAUGUCCGCCGCAGGAUGCUCCAGAGGACCCAGUCCACUCACCAUGGGACCGCAGGACACUCUGCCAGUGGCAGCUGCCUUCACGGAAACCAUCAAUGCCUACUUCAAAGGCGCAGACCCCAGCAAAGAUCUGCCUCUUCCCUCGCUCUGUCCCAGAUGUGUUGUGAAGAUCUCAGGGGAGAUGGUGCUGUCCUUCCCUGCGGGCAUAACCCGGCAUUUUUCCAGCCACCCGACUCAACCCAUCCUCACCUUUUGCAUCACCAACUACAGCCGACUGGAGCAGGUCCUCCCCAAUCCACAGCUGUUGUGCUGCGACUCCAUAACAGACGGCGUGGACACCAAGGAGUUCUGGGUGAAUAUGCCAAACUUGAUGAGCCACCUGAAGAGAGUGGCUGAACAGAAGCCUCAGGCGACGUACUACAACGUGGACAUGAUCAAGUAUCAGGUGUCCACAGAGGGGAUCCAGUCCACUCCAUUGAACCUGGCGGUGAGCUGGAGAGGCGACGCCACAAACACAGACCUUAGAAUAGACUACAAAUACAACACGGAGGCCAUGGCCGCCCCUGUGCCACUGCACAACAUCCAAUUCCUGGUUCCUGUGGAUGGAGGCAUGGCCAAACUCCAGGCCAUGAUCCCCCCCGCCACCUGGAAUCCAGAGGAGCAGACGAUACUGUGGAAAAUUCCUAGUCUCUCUCACAGAUCGGAAAACGGAGGAGUAGGGGCUCUUCUGGGCCGGUUCCAGGUGAAAGACGGUCACUGUAAAACCUCCCAGCUGGCGGUCCAGUUCAGCAGUGAGGGCUGCACGCUGUCAGGGUGCGACAUCCAGCUGGUUGGGACCGGCUACCGGCUAUCGCUGAUCAAGAAGAGAUUUGCGGCAGGGAAAUAUUUGGCAGACAAUUAGUGGACCUGUUUUUGUGAAGGGAACCAAAAGAAGCAAUGGCUUAAAACUGUGAAGACUACAGAUCCAUCCCGUGUGCGUUUCAGGCAUUAUCUUUAGCAACCGUUAGAAAUAAUGGUUGAGAUUUAACAGAAUAACAGCACACACACACACACAGAUGAUAUUUGACUACUUAACAUCAUAUUCAGAGGGCCGACUGUUGCUGAGUUUAUGCAAGUAAAUACAAAUAAUUGGUAUUGUGCACCGUGAGACUUCCGGAGUGAAGUUUAGGUAAACCCUGUUUUUUUUUGUUUGUGUUGACUUAAUUGUGGAUUCGACCUGUGAUCCAGCCUUAUUCAUUGCAGUUCUUUUUGUCUAACUGGUCGUCAUUGCAAAUGCACUCUAACAGAUAAUGUGAAUAGAUUAUAUAAUAUGAAAACAAUCUUCACCAAGGUGGAAAGGUUCUUGAAAAUGUAAAAAAAAAAAAAAAAGUGUAGUUUAGAGUUUCUUUGCAGUUGUAUUUCAGUAAGUUCUAGGUUUCAUUGUAAUAUCUGAUUUACACUGCCACAUCAAAUCGGAUUUCCUUUCCCCCACCAUGUGAAACUGAUCUUUAUCGUUGUUGAAGCAGAAUUUAUGUUUCCGUGCAGACGGAAACGUUGCAGCUCUUUCUUUUAAGUCUUGUGGUAAAAGGUGAGCGGUCAGUUCACGAUUUAAAACGUCACGCAGCCCUGAAACAGCAUUCUUAAUCUGAAGGUGCUUUUUUUUAAAUGGAAUUGUGUGUCUCUAUCCGGAUGGUUUGAAGGGGGAUUUGGAGCACAGCAAAACUUAAAUUAUUAUAUUUUUUAUAUUGUCAAACAAGCAUUUUACUUAUUUGCCUCACCUUAGAUUUGCAUUUAAGUCUAUAAUAAAUACUUGUAUACAAGCAGAAAAUAACAUGCUUACUUUAUGUGAAUCAGAUUGCUCUUUAUAAAAAAGAAAAACCCAAUUCAAUUGUCCACAGCCGGUUGCCUCUUUCCACAGGUAUCCAAUAAAUCACCAUCUACGUGGUUAGUAGCAUAAUACAUUUUCUUUUGGUCAAAUUAAAGUAUUUUUGAGGGAUUAAUGUGCAUGAAAAAAUAAACCCAUCUUCCUGUGAUUACGUUUGAAGCGACAUGUUUACACACUUUUACCACUACUUCAAUGGCUUUUUGCCAUUAACGGGUCAUGCAAGCGGGGAGUCGAAACUGUAGGUGAAGAACAAAAUCAUUACUGUACCACUAAGAGCGCGUGCAAUGCUUCGAUACAUGAACUCUCAUGGACUCAAGAAGAGUCAUAUUCGCGGUGGUUCAUGAGUGGUCAAACUUGUUACAACGAGGCGAUAGUUAUAACAGAAGCUGCUACUUCCACUGGAUUCAGUCAAUUUGUUCUGUUAAUGUUGCAGAAAAUAAGUUUGAAAGGGCCUUAAAAUGCAAGACACUGAGUGCCAUAUGGUGGUGAGAACGGGCUUUAAGUUUCAGGAUGAAAUAAAGGAGGAGUCGCCUUUGAUGCUGCUUAUAAACUGGUAUUUGAUGGAGAACAUCACAGAGUAAUGAAAGGAAGUGACAGCGCUAUUCAUGUCCCUGUCUUAUUUUCUUCCUUUUCCAUCAUGUUGAAUAACACAUGUUUUAUCAUUUUCUAAUAGCAAUAUUUAAGUGUAAAAAGUGUACAUAAAAAGGUUUGUUUCAAAUAUUUCUCUGGGCAUAUGGAUGUGUCUGUGAUUGUCUCUUGAUUUAUUGAUGUCAGCAAUCAUGACAAAUGAGGUCCUAUGUAACAGCACUCAUCAACUACUCUUUAACAUGUGGGUUACCUGUACCAAAAAAAAAAGUGUUGCUGUUGACAAAUAACUCCAAACGGUGCCGCAUGAAAUCUGCAUUCGUCCAUUCCAGUCAAUCAACGCAAUACCAAUUUAUCCAUUUCAAUGAGGCUGUUAUACGUGUUUUAUUGUAUAAUUGUGCUAUGAGAGGAGACUUUUUGCCUUCACCUAAACCACUUUCUGUUUUGCUGUUGUUGCACCUUCAGAAACUCAUUGUCAAUACAUUUGGCAUGUAUUCAUUGACUUUCCCAUUCUAUGCAUCUGAUGUAGACGUUGGACAUUCUCUUGUCUUUGACUUGCACACAAAACACACCUUAAAUUUAGUUAACAAGAGUUAUGUCAUGUCACAUGCCCACAUGUUGGUAUAUUUAUUAUUGUUUCACCAUCUCAUUUUAUAGAAUGUUUAAACGUGUUGACUCACAAUUUGGGCUUAGAUGUAAUAAUUGAUUCAAAUUUUAAAAUAAUUUUUGAUCAGUCAGUUGAGUACAUCAGUUCUCAAUGUUUAUCUUCAUGAUAUUAAUGUUUUUCUCUGCCUUGUUUUUGAGCAUUCUUGAGUGUUCUCCCAUGGGAGAAAGUUUAUUUUUUUCUACAACUUUUUCGCUGUAUUUCUUUCACUGCAUUAGACACAGAAUAUGCAAACAUGUCAUGUAAAUUUCCCAUCCAAAGAUUUUCAAAGUAAAUAUAUGUAAAAAUCAAUAUAAUGUAAUACCUGUUUUACUUGGUAAUAAAGAAAAGGAAAUAUAAGACAUUUA